AUGGUAUUUAUAAUCUGGUUAAUAUUAUUGAUAAAUCCACUUUUUAUAUCGAGUUUAAACAAUGGUUUAGCUUUAACACCUCCAAUGGGUUGGUCUACUUGGAAUGUAUUUCAUUGUGAUUAUAAUGAAACAGAUCUAAUGGAAAUGGCUGAUAUGCUAGUUUCUAGUGGAAUGUUAUCGGCCGGAUAUAAAUAUUUAAAUAUCGAUGAUUGUUGGGAAGCUUCUUCUCGUGAUCCUAUCACUGGAAUGUUAAAAUAUAAUGAAACAAGAUUUCCACAUGGUAUGCGCGCUCUAGCCGAUUAUAUUCAUUCAAAAGGUUUACUAUUUGGAAUGUAUACAAGUUCAGGUGAAUAUACAUGUCAACAAUAUCCUGGAUCGUGGCAACAUGAAUAUCUUGAUGCAGCAGUAUUCGCUAAUUGGAAUAUUGAUUUUCUCAAAUUAGAUUGUUGCUAUCAAGAUAAUGUCAAAGAUCGAGCUACAGCUUUUAUCAGUUGGUCAAAAGCAUUAUCAAUACAAAAUCAUUCAAUUCUCUAUAGUUGUGAUAGUGAUGAAUUAAUAUUAAAAGAAAAUAAUUUAGAAUUUCCAUUUCUAUGGGCACCAGAAUAUUGUAAUAUGGCUCGAAUUUGGUUUGAUAUAUAUGAUGAAUGGAUAUCAACCGUGACUAUUUUAGAUCAUGCAGCAAAUAUUUAUUAUGCAUCUCAACCAGGAUAUUGGAAUGAUUUAGAUAUUUUAACAGUUGGUUUAGGUGGCCAAACACUGGAAGAAUAUACUGCACAAUUUUCAUUAUGGGCUUUAAUGAGUUCACCUUUAAUUGCAGGAAAUGAUAUAAGAAGAAUGAGCAAAGAAAUAGGAAAUAUUUUAAUGAAUAAAGAAGUGAUUGCAAUCAAUCAAGAUAAAUUAGGUCGAUCAGGAAAUAUGAUUCGACGAGCAGUAGAUGGCUCAUAUGAAGUCUGGGCAAAAUCAAUUUAUCAUCAAAAUAUGUCACAGUUUGAUAGUACACAUCAUACAUUACGUUUUACUCCUCCACGUUUUCAUGCCGUUGUCUUAUUAAAUCGAUUGAAUACUACGGCGAAUAUAACGUUAGAUUUUAAGGAUUUAUUUGGGAAUGCUUUAUCACCUCAUCCACCUUACCCAAUCUGGACUGUUUCAAUUCGAGAUCUUUGGCUUCAUCAAGAUUUAGGAAAAUUUAAUGAAACUUGGCAAGCUAGUAAUGUACCAGGACAUGGUGUUCGAAUGGUGACAGUUUUAUUAGACAAUACAACAAAUUUUCAUUAUUGA